GUUCUAGAGAAACACAACCCACCAAUGAAAACUACAUAGUAAUACAUUCGAUUCUUAAAACACAUUCUCUCUCUGGUUUCUUCCUCAUUCCAUUAUUUGUGCCCAUCUACUAAUUCAUAUUCUCGGAGUAGAUCUUGUCCUGUUCAAUUUGAGGGAACAAUAUCAAACAAAUAUCGAGGGUGUCGUGGAUAUAAUAUAUAUAUAUAUAUAUAUAUAUAUAUAUAUAUCUGUUUGGCUGUGAAGAAUUGAAAGGAAAAAAGAAGUAUGACAAUAGAAAGGAGGAUAUCAAGAAAUGGGAGCUAUGCAAUUGGGUCGAUUAAGGACCCAACAUGUAUUUCUUGCACCACAUUCAACAUUCUCGCCCCAAUCUACAAGAGACUCAAUAAGGAGGAUCAGAGUUGCAGAGAAAGUGAUUAUAAAGCAUAUUGGCUGAACAGAAACCACAUGAUAUUGGAUUGGUUGUUGCAUGAAAGAUCUUCCAUUAUAUGCCUUCAGGAGUUUUGGAUUGGGAAUGAAGAGCUUGUGAAUAUGUACGAGAAGAGACUCGGUGAUGCUGGUUAUAUCAGCUUCAAGCUUGGCAGGACCAACAACCGUGGCGAUGGACUGCUAACUGCUGUGCAUAAGGACUACUUCAGGGUUCUCAACUAUAGGGAGCUGCUAUUCAAUGAUUUUGGCGAUCGUGUUGCUCAGCUAUUGCAUGUCGAAUUAGUUUCACCCGUUUUACAAUGUCGAGGCAACAAUGUUCGACAAGAAAUUCUCAUUGUGAAUACCCACUUAAUAUUUCCACAUGAUUCAAGUUUCGGUUUGGUACGAUUGCAACAGGUCUACAAAAUCUUGCAACAUGUGGAAUCUUAUCAGAAAGAAUACCUGCUUAAUCCGUUGCCCGUCAUACUCUGCGGUGACUGGAAUGGAAGCAAACGAGGUCAUAUUUACAAGUUCCUCAGAUCUCAAGGAUUUGUAUCGUCAUAUGAUACUGCUCAUCGAUACACUGAUACAGAAGCGCAAAAGUGGGUUAGCCACCGUAAUCAUCGUGGGAACGUAUGUGGCGUAGAUUUUAUAUGGCUUCUUAAUCCUAAUAGAUAUCGGAAACUACUAAAAACAAGUUGGAGCGAAGCAGUGUUCUGCAUGUUCAAGUAUCUACUUCGGCGAGCCUCACUGACAGAGAAUGAUGCAUUUGCAUUUUUGAAAGCUGAUGGUGAUCACAUUACGUACUCUGGAUUCUGUGAAGCUUUACGACAGCUUAAUUUAAUCGGUCAUUGCCACGGACUUGGUGUGGAAGAGACAAAGGACUUGUGGGUGCAAGCAGACAUAGACGGAAAUGGUGUUCUUGAUUAUAAAGAAUUUCAGCAGCGAAUUUGGAAUCCUACAUGGUCAGAGCAGAGAGACGAAAUGAGCAAUGAGGUUCGCGAAGAUAUUGAGCAAACCAUUGGUUUUAGUGUGAAGAAUGCAGGUUUCUUCCCAACUGAAGUAGAGAAAGGGAUGUGGCCUGAAGACUAUUCUCUCUCUGAUCAUGCCCGACUUACUGUGGUCUUCUCACCAGUGAGAAUGUCAUGCUCUCGUGUCACAUGAGUCAUAUCAUGACCAACCUCGUGUACGGUGUACCAACAAACACUAUUGUAGCAUGUGCAAAGAAAAGUCGAGGAUUAUGCAGACAAAUGGUUGAAUGCACAAACAGCCAUCGGAGUUCUUCAACAGGAUGCCUUGAGCUUGAUCUCGAAGGAGCUAUGAUCAACUGUCCAUGCAGCAUUGUGGUGUAGGCUUGGAAAUGUUGAAUCAUUCGUGUUCUUUGCAGGAUGUUAAAUCUAUCGUACUCUUUGCAAGGGUGACGCAAUGCAACAAGAAUAAGCUAAAGUGGAGCUCAGAGCUUACCGAUUACGCUCCUUCUCAGUUGACAGUAUUUUGUGAUUGCAGUUCAUGUAAUGGGAAUGGCUGUCAUCCCACUUCACUAGGCAUCUGUCUUGUUUCAGCCUUCUGCUGUGAAAUGAUUCUUGGAGAGAGCAAAAUGAAUUGAAGAGAGAGAAGAAAGGAGGUGUAUACAUUAUGGAAAUAUCAACUAUUUAGCCUGGUCUCAACACCUUUGUUUUAACAUAUCAAUGUAUGGAACAUCAGUGUAUGUUAUUACCCUAUUCAAAUUGAACCCUCAAAUCUAAAAUCCAAAUUCUUUCACUUGGGAUAUGAUUUUUGGGUAUUCCUGUCA